AGUUAUAUACAUAUAUAAUAGUUAUAUAAUAAUUUAAUUUGCCAAAAUGGAUAAUAUGAAUACAGUUGUUGACAACACUCUACUUGACUUGUUAAUCGAAUGGGAUUUGGAACAUCUUCAUAAUCAUUUUACUGAACAUCGAAUAACAACUAAAGUUUUAAAAAUUUUAAAACCUGACCACAUACGAACACUUUUUCAAGGUCUUGCAGUCGGGGACCAAGCUCUAUUUGAAUCAAACUUAGAAAGCUGGAGAAAAGAUGCCUGUGGUACAUUAACAACUUCCCCACAAAACGUAAUCGCAAAACAAGCAAUUUGUUCUGUAUUGACCAUGCUUCAAAAUACAAAAAAUGGAAGAUCAAUUUUACAGUAUUAUGAGGAAAACAAAAUCCUCCACGAAGAGCAGAGGCAGUUGCUUAUUAAAACUAUUGCAGCUUAUAUUGAAUCCAAGGAUAUGACUUACUCGAUACCGAUUGAAUAUUACAACAAUGGGAAAAGAGGAAAGUUAUAUUCCAAAAUUUAUAAUUUAAAAAGGCUUUCAAAAACAAGUUCUUCACCUAAAGAGCCUGCUCAGGAGGAAUGUCAUCAAGAAUAUUUUUCAGAAUCAGAUGCCAAUAUGCUGUUGAAAAUCUCCGUAGUAAAGGUAUAUCAGCUGACGAUUUCGAUAUCUUUGGAGAAAGUGCUUCGCAAUAUAGAUUUAAAACAAAUGAUAGAAAUCUAA